AUGGGUGUGUUUAGUGGAUUUGGUGGUUGGAUCAGUCAGAACAUACAACAGCCUUCGAAGGCCGAGUCCAAGAGUUCUGAGAAUGUUAAAUCUAAGUCAAGAUCAGAGAUAAAUACUCACGAGGAGAAAGAUGAGAUGAAGGAGCAACUAAAACUUUGGAGAGAUGCAGAGAAGAAGAAACCUUGGUAUGAUGCUCCUGCUAAGGUUAAAGUAUGA